AAUUCUCUCUUGUAUAUAAAUAGCCCUAUAUAUAUAUGACUAACUCCACCCACAGGGCCACAGUUCAGGAAAACAUAUAAUUCUCACUCUUCUCUAUCUCUCUAGCUAGUUGCUUCUUGAGUUCAAGAAUUUUAUUUUUCUGGUACAGCCGGCAAUGGCAAGGGCUUUAAAUUUUGUGAUGUUCUUCCUUGUUAUACUGUUCUUUGCCCUAACAGUAGAGAACCAUCAGGCUAAUGCCACUGGCACUGAAGCUCCAGCACCGCAGCCCCAAAGCAGUAACAACCAUACCAUGAAUGGAAUCACUGAAGGCAGCCUUCAACCUCAAGAGUGCGGUCCUCGUUGCACCACAAGAUGCUCAAACACACAGUACAAGAAACCAUGUUUGUUUUUCUGCCAAAAGUGCUGUGCCAAGUGCUUGUGCGUCCCUCCAGGCACAUAUGGGAACAAGCAAUUCUGCCCUUGCUACAACAACUGGAAGACCAAGAGAGGAGGCCCCAAAUGUCCUUGAACCAGCCAUUCCACACAAAAAAUGUCAUUCUGUACUCCUUAGUGAAAUAAAUAACAAAGGACGAAGUUCAUGUUGA